AGGAAACACAAAAACCCACGACAGACGGAGCCAGUCAAAUAUCAAGCAUCAAAGAAUGGUCGUCUGGCCAGGUCUCGUUUGUCUUGCAAUGAUGUUCGGAUUAGAAAUCAAGCUAAUUCGACUCGCCUCAGUCUCGCCCGAGCCCGACGUUCCUCGUGUCGUCGAUGAAAGAGCCUACUUCGUCGAUGGUCAACAUCAAAAUCGAGGUCGUGGUCAGGGUCACGGUGGUACUUACCUUCGAGACCCAAACCCUCCUGACCUGGAUGAGGAGAAUUUUCGACGAGCUGCACAACUCUUUGCAGAACAGAUGCAGGAGGUGCAUGCAGACCGUAAUCACGACCACUUCCUAGCACGAGCAGCGCGUGGGGAGGAAGCCGUUUUCGUUUCGCCUAUGCGGUGAAGAGAGCUGCUGUUGGCUUCUUGUGGAGUACUCGUUUCGGUAUCUGCAGACUCGUACUCGUUUUGGCAUGGAGAGUCGUUUCGGCACUUGCAGAGUCGUUUCAGCAAGCUGAGUCGUCCACUUAUAAAUAUGUGGGCUUCAUCGGAGAUAAGUAGAAGAUCGCUCACAUCAUCCUUGCUUUAUUCUGCACCAGUAAAUAGAAGAAGCAUCACGACUCCCGUAGUUGCCAAGGAGCACUUCUACUAGAAGAUACAGAAGAUUCAUACAGAAGAAUGUCGUUCGCUGCUAUCCACGAAUCUCUCGUCCACCUCCAGUGGAGCAAAGGUAUGAUGCCUCCACGAUCAGACGAACAGAUGGCGCCUGACUACAGGAGUUUACCGGAUUACUCCCCGUCAACUACUCUUUCGCUUACUGGUUUUUCUCCAUCGUCGAGUUCAAGUUCGUCUUCAAGAAGAAUAAGAGGCAUUCCAAGAAGCUGCACUACCUUGCUGAAAGCAAGAGGACGAUCAACCACAUCCACAACCUCUUUUUUGCCGAGUUUGCUCUCGAAUGGCGGUGUCAUCGCCAGUGGAAAUGUAGCUCCGCAGCCUAGCUUUCCACAAAGCUCUCCUGACCCUCCAGCCGCUCCACCACUAGACUGGUUCUCGCCUACUAAGGCUGCGCCAAUAACUCCAACUUCUCUUUCGCUUGUCCCACUACCUGGUGCCGCGUCGUCGCGCAAACUCAAAGCGAUGGUGGAGGCGCAACAUCAAGCGGAGCAUAGCAAAUGGGAGUGGAGAAGGAAAGCGGCAGUAGGGGUAGUCCUAGGCUAUGCAGCAGGAGUGCAUGUCGUUGUCGGCACAAUAGCGGAUUUGCUGUUCGACACAUUUAAUUACGCGUCGCACUAUGUCGCGUCAGUGCGAGAACUUCAAAGGAAAAUUGCGAAAGUGGAAGCACGUAUUAGUUGUGAUUUGUUUUAGUUGUACCGGUUCUACAUCCCAACUCCAUCUCUCUGCAUCUGAUAAUACUGAAUUUUCAUGAACUCGGAUUCGGAAGACCCUCUAGGAGUACAUAUUUUUUUCAUGUGGUUGGUACUCAGAAGACACCUUUUUUUCAGGUAAGCGCAGGGAGCUUAAAGCCGAAAAACAGCGUAUGAAAGAACAAACUGACGAGGGUGAAGCGUUUCAGGCUACUGAAGACGACGAAGAUUCUGGAGAAGGAGAAGACGACUCCGAAGAUGAUGGCGACGAAAGUCCUGGUAAACGCAAGAAGGGCAAGCGACGAAAGAAAGGGAAAGGAAAGAAAGGCAAAGGUAAGUCUCCACAUAGAGGAAAAGAAGGGGGUGGAGGUUCGCCCAAAGAAGGAAAGAAGGGGGGUCCUAAAAAGGGUAAAAAGGGAUCUCCAGGGAAGAAAGGAAAGGGAAAACGUAAAAAGGGAAGCGAUUCCGAUUCUUCGGAAGACUGAUAAACGCACAAAUGAAUACUUGUUUGAGACUAUAGCUGUAAACUUUAACUUGAUAUCAGUAAUGAAUCCUCCGUACAACAAACUGUAAUUUUUUUACAUGAUCU